CGAGAGUCCACGGGGGGCCCGCCCUGCGACGGUCACCGGCCCGGCGAAACCGCUCUCCACCAGAUCUGAGCCGUCCAUCCAUCAUUGGACGGCCCUCUUCCACCCUAAAAAGCCCCUAACAGGGCGCUGGAAAGGCCGCGCACUCACUUGCCGACCUCCCGGCCCCGACAAUCCCCCGAACUCUGAUGAAAUAAUAAAAAAAAAAGAAAGAGAGGAAGGGGUGAAAAAAGAAGCCCUUUCUCGCUUCCAGGAAACUAGUCUUGAUCCAGACGAGAGAGAGAGAGUGGAGAGCGCGCAGCAAAAGGGGCGAUCAAUUGAAACCCUAGGUGUUUGAUCUCGGGGAGAGGAGGAGCUCAGAGGAAUCCGUGCGAAUUCUCGCCGAGAUCGGAAGCGCUGGGGGCGAAUCAGUCCCGCGGCCACAGCCCGUUCGCGGCGAACUGGGGCUUAGGGCUCUUCUCCUUCUGGAACCCUAAUGCCCGCCGGACCCGCUACCUAGAGCACCUCUCCUCGAUGGAUUUCGUCAGCCGGCACGCCGCCUCUGCCUCCGCCGACCACCACCCCCCGCCGGCGGAACCCACGUCGCCCGCCGCCCCGCCGCCCCCCGCCGUCGCCGAGGAGCCCGAAUACCUCGCCCGGUACAUGGUGGUCAAACACUCGUGGCGGGGGAGGUACAAACGGAUCCUGUGCAUCUCCAGCUCCGCGAUCAUCACCCUCGAUCCUUCCACCCUUGCCGUGACGAAUUCGUACGAUGUGUCGAAUGAUUUCGAGGGCGCGGCGCCGGUGCUGGGGAGGGGGGACGAUGUCGGCUCGCAGGAGUUCACGGUGAGCGUGCGGACCGAUGGGCGGGGGAAGUUUAAGGCGAUCAAGUUCUCGUCGAGGUUCCGGGUGAGCAUCCUGACGGAGCUGCACCGGCUGAGGUGGGGGAAGCUGGGGCCGGUCAUGGAAUUCCCGGUUCUUCACCUCAAGCGGAGGACCUCGGAGUGGGCUUCUUUUAAGUUAAAAGUUACAGCUAUUGGUGUUGAGCUUUUUGAAGGACAAUCUGGAGAUCCACGGUGGUGCUUGGAUUUCAGAGACAUGGAUUCUCCUGCCAUCAUACUUUUGGCAGACAUAUAUGGAAAGAGAAGUAGUGAACCUGGAGGAUUUGUUCUUUGUCCAUUAUAUGGAAGAAAAAGUAAAGCCUUUAAAGCUGCCUCUGGAUCAUCUAACACUGCAAUUAUAUCCACUUUGACUAAAACUGCAAAAUCUACUGCUGGCUUGUUAUUAUCGGUCGACAAUUCUCAGUCGAUGACAGUAACAGAUUUUAUUAAAAAAAGGG